GAAAUUAGAUGUAACUCUAUACUUUAUGUUAGGGUUGUUUUAGGGGAGAAAGUUUAGGUCUCUUUAUUACUUAUCUACUAAAUUUAUUUUAAUAAAAUUAACAUUUGUUACUGUUUGAGAUUUACGUGGGUUCAACCUUAAACAAUUUUUAAAAAUAUAAAUAAAAAUAGACGUGAUAUAAAAAAAUAUUUUAUUAUAUUUUUUAAACCGUAUAUAUCAAUUUUAUAAAAAUUAAAUAAAUGUAUUUAAUAGUAAACUAAAGUGGUUUCUUCUGGUCGUUGCAAUGAUAACUAUAUGUCACGGUUGAAAAAGACCCAUAUGGGCUUUGCCCCUCUUUUUUAGUAAAUCAACGGGGUUUAGUAUAUUCACCAACCUUUGCUCCAACUUUAUAAAGUGAAAAAGUCUCUACUUUGGGAAAUACCCACUUAACCUAAGAACAAAAAAACAACUACUAACAUGUUCUUUUUGGGGUUCAAUACAAGUUCAACAUUUCCAACGAAUUAUUAUUUAAGCCCAAUUGGGAUUUUAAAAAGUUUUAAGAGUUUUGUUUCAAUAUAAAAAGGAAAAAAAAAACACAUAUUGUGGCAAAGGCCUUUCUUUGUUUUCCAAAAAUAUCUUCCAUGCUACUUGUGGUUGGGAUGCGAGUGCCGACUCCAUUGAUGUCACACUGUUUACAACAUUUCCAAUGUCUUAUUUUUAAAUUCAAUUCCCAAAAGCCUUGUUACCUAUUAAAAUUAUAAAAAAAAUAUAAAUUUAACUUUAAAUAUCAUAAAAGUUGGGGGGCCUAUUACCAUUAAGACCGCCUUCCUUUCCUUUCACACUCUUUUCCUUGACAAAUGUUUGAUGUUUUAAAGUUUCUUUUUAAUAUUCAUAUAUUUAUAAAACAACAAACAUAGAUAAUGAGAUUCAUUAAGAUCAUUCAAAUAGCUAAACAUCUUGAAAUUUUUAAAUAUAGUCAUGCUUUGCUCUUAUAUGAAUCAUAAUAACAUGGCUGAACAGGACAAUGGAAGAGUCAACAUUAGACUUCUUUUUAUACUUCUCCCAUUGUAAUAGCAAGUAUGUUCAUGACUCUUUUGACACAUUUACAACUUUGCACCAUCAUUCCCAUUCAAUUUUUUUUCAAGUUAUAAUUCAAAAUUUCAUUUCUCCCAUUUAAACUUAUUAAGUAGUAAGUAUUAAUUGUCAACGACUCUUUAAUUUGGUCAUAUAUGAUGAGUCACUUCUAGUAGGCGGAUGGAUGGAUCAUUUUUAUGAGUUUCCAACCCAACCCAACCAAUCAUCCCCUUCCUCUUGUUCUUCAUCUUGAAAUGACCCAAAAAAAGAAACAAACUUUGUAGUCCCAGUAUAUUUUAAUAAAACCCAACUCUCCGAAGUAGAAAUUUAACAUUUUUCUAGAUUUGGUUUAAUUCCCAUUAUUUGUUUCUAAGGAACGUUUUUAAGAGGGGCUUGAAUUUACGUUAUAGUUUGAUUAAGGUGAUGGGACUGAAGAACAAGAAAUAAGAAUACAUUGUAAUGUUUGCAGCGAUAUUGAGGUGUUUAAAGUCCAUUGUAACUCAGCAGGUGAAUUAGGAAUCGCCAGCCAUUGUUGGAUUUGAGAGUAUUGGUACCGUGAAGGGUGCCAUUGAUGGAAUCAGCACCGUCAUCUGCUUCGUUUAAAAGGGCUCGGCCGCCUGGUUCCGGUAACCAAGUACCUUCAUGCUUGGUUGAUGGUUGCACUGCGGACCUCAGCAAAUGCAGGGACUACCAUCGACGCCAUAAAGUAUGCGAAGUCCACUCUAAAACCCCAAAAGUCUCAAUUAGGGGUCAAGAACAACGAUUUUGUCAGCAGUGCAGCAGGUUUCAUUCGUUAGUGGAGUUUGACGAAGGGAAACGAAGCUGCCGGAAGCGUCUAGAUGGACACAACAGACGGCGGAGAAAGCCUCAACCUAAUGCUUUGACUGUAAAUUCUGGAAGCUUACUUUCAAAUCCCCCAGGGAGUAGAUAUUUACUAUUCAGCAGCCCCCAAAUAUUUUCCACUACAUCCAUGACCGAUUCUUCGACUGGGGCGGUGAAAGUCAAAACCGAUAUAAGUUCAUCGUUAAACUUCAGCAGCCGAAAUAGCUCGUUCGUUGGAGCCUCAUCUCUCAACUACAAAGGAGAAAGGCAGUUCUCAUUCUUACAAAGUGCUAAUUCAUCACACCCAGGAGUUUCUGUUUGUCAACCGCUUGUCAAUGGUAAUCCUUCAUCGAGCAAUGGUGGCAUCAGCCAGAAAAUGUUGUUGAAUGGGUUAAAUCGAACCGUCGAGUCUAAUCGUGCUCUCUCUCUUCUGUCAUCACAACCGGCUGAGACUCGGGAGAUUAGUUUGAGCCCUAUGGUGCAGUCUGGCUCAACCUCAUCCUUGAUCCCAAACUUGCAAUAUAAAGGUCUAGGAAUGGAGGGUGAGCAAGUAGGAACCAUUUUGGCCACUGAUCAAAUUACCAAUACUGAUCUCCAUGGAAAUGGAGUGUUUCGAAUCGGACAUCCCGGAUCAUCUGCAAGUGGUACUCACCAUAGACUCACCUUCUCAUGGGAGUAAAUAUAUGCCAUUUCCAACUAUAUGUUCAAAUCAUAACGUUUUUCCUUUAAUUAUGUAGCACUUGUUUUAGUAAGUUCCCAAGGAUGUAUGAACCUUUUGAUAUGGACUUGUUUAUGAGCCAUUUCCAUGUACCUUCAAAUUAUUAUUUAAUGCAGGCAAAUGACACAGUUCUCAUUACAA